AUGGUAUAUCCGUUGAUGCGUAUGGAUUAUGCGAGACGCAGAAAAUACGCCCUGGUUACGUGUUUCAUGCACGCUAUCUCCGCGUUGCUUAUUUUUAUCAGUGAAGCUAAUCACUUCUUGUUGCUACCGAUGCUGGCGCAAGGCAUAAUACAAUUCGUUAUCCAUCAUCAUAAAUUAGUUAGUUAUUUGGUAGGUUUUAUACCUUUCGCAACCGCCUUAUUACAAUUAUUAAUGUUCGUAGUUCACAUUUACUCGAUAGUUGCCUUUGCCGAACAACGACAAGCCUACUCGAGGUGGAGACCACAGCAUAUUAAGCGUAUGAUUGGCUUCAGUACAAAACAAACGAAUCGUAAUGAAAUAAACUGGUUGCAAGAGUUUUUCGAAUGUUGUGGUGUUUUUGGCUACGAAGAUUGGUUCCCUCUAACUGCCAGCAACAGCUUAUUAGAAUCUCAUCUGAUAAUUGGUAGGAAAAACCAAUGGUCUCAUUGCACGAAGAAUGGUUGUUAUCUGCCACAUUCAUGUUGUAUAAGCAAUCAAUUGAAGUGCUCCCCAGUAAUACUACUACAAAAUUAUACAAAAAAUGAAGAAGUUGGCAAACACAGAGCGAAGGAAUGGUUUUAUUUUGCUGGUUGUUUCAAUAAGGUUAAACGGAGAUUGAUCAUCAUUGUAUUCGUCACUUUUUCUAUUCUUAACUUUGUGAUACAAUGUAUUACUUUGUUAUAUUCACAAAUUACUUGUACAAGUUACUCUAUGGUAAGCUACUGUGAUGCGGAAGAUGCUACUGCCGUGCUUCCAGCAUGGAUUGUGCCAUUUCCACCACCAUAUCCACGAACUGUUAUUAAAAAGUGUCAAGAACUCUUGAAACAAGGACGUGAUUUCCAAGAAUUACUUAAAUGA